CUGCUUAAGGGCCGGGGUCCGAGCGCCCUUAAAGGGACAGGCUGCGGAAGAGGACCUUGGUGGGACGCCAAGCUCUUGGCUGGGGAGCAGGGAAGAGCGUGGGCUCGAGGCGCGGCGGGUAGCAGAGCAUGGCAGGAGCGGCGGGAAGAAGGAGGGGAGGUGGGCAGCCGAAGGGCACAGGCGAGCUCCUGCCGGCUGGAGCUUGGGGAGAAGAAGGGAGGCAGCGGCGGCUGAGCGUCGGGGGAGCGCGGGCGGUCCGCCGAGCACGCGAGGGCUCCUCCGGCCACUCCGCCGAUUAGCUCGCAGGUGUGUUCCGCGCGGGGAUCCGCCUGGCUUCUCCCGGUCCAACCUUGGGUGCGUGCUGGGUGCUUUAGAGCCUACGAGGCACCCUCUGCCUCUUCGGGCCGCCUAUGGGCGCCGCACGUGGGGACACCUCGGUCUUCCGACGGCGCCGCUUCUUUAAAGGCGAGGUUGCCCUGCGCGUCCUUUCUGGGGAAGGGGCGCGAUCGAGAGGCGGACCGAGGCCACCGGGCGAGCGGAGGCCAAGGCCACUCGCCCGCUUCCCGCCCCGAGCGCCCUCCCUCUCCCUAAACUGGGAGCGGUGCCCGCGCAGACGGAGCGAGGCAGCUUUAAUCGGAGCCACCUGUCCCCCUCCUGGGACUGGCUGGCCCAGCGCCUAGGCGCCAAGUUGCAGGAGGGUUCAGGCCGGGUUAGAGGGGAGGGGAGGGGAUGGCAGCCCGGGCGGCCCCGCGCGCACGGAAGGACAUCUGCCCCAUCUUUGUGCCAGCGCCCUGCGCAGCCUUGCUGCUGUCUAAGAUCCUCUCCGCCGUCCCGCCCGCCUCCUCCUCCUCCUCCUCCUCGGCCGCGGAGAUGGAGAAGAGCCGCGGAGGGCGAUGAAGCGGGCGGGAAGGAGGCGCUUGCUGGCACCCCGGACGCGCGGCCGUCUCGUCUCCUCCAAGGGCGACCCUCGACGGAGGGCAAGCCCUUCGCCUUGCUAGCCGCCGCCGGCUGCCCAAGUUGGAUCUCGCCACCUCCCUCGCUCCAAAGCCGUUGGGAUCCCUCGGCCCCGUCCCUGCCGUCCCCACUCCUUGCAAGGAUACGCUGGUGACCCCCGCCAGGCAGCCACGGAGAGCCCUUCGCGCCACUCGUCUGGCUCCGUGGUGGCGACAGGGAAGGCGGGAGAGGACGCGCGCAAGAAGGAGCCGAGGGUCGCUUAUGCCUCGCCCAGCCAGCCGCCAGAGGGUUGGCGAGCGGACCGGGGGGCCGACCCCCGACAGCACCCUCCUCUUCCCGAGACCGCGAGGAGCCCAGACGUGCCCCGGAGACCAGGGGAUGCAGCCCUCCGCCGCCGCACUUGCCCUCUAGCAAUCCAUGGUGGACAUGGGCAGAGCUCUGACAAACACCCUGGUGCUGUCCAUGGUGCUGGGCUGUUCAGCUGUCCUAAUGGAUGACUCGCUGCCAAGCUCCGGGGAACCAGUGGUAACGGUGGCCGUGGUUUUCGGGGGAUCUUCCUACCCUGUCCACAUCCGCAGCCGGCUGACGCACCAAAGCUUCCUGGAUAUGCCUCUGGAGAUCCACCCGGUCACCGUAGUAGUGAAUGACACCAACCCCAGGACUCUCUUGACCCAAAUCUGCAACAUGCUGUCCAGCACGAAAAUUCACGGGAUCGUCUUUGAGGACAACAUCGGCACAGAAGCCGUGGCGCAGAUUCUAGACUUCAUCUCGUCCCAGACCAACGUACCCAUCAUUAGCAUCAGUGGAGGAUCUGCUGUGGUCCUAACACCCAAGGAGGCUGGUUCUGCCUUUCUACAGCUGGGUGUCUCAAUUGAACAGCAAAUACAGGUGAUCUUCAAAGUCCUGGAGGAAUAUGACUGGAGCUCCUUUGCCAUUAUCACCAGCCUAUAUCCUGGAUACAGUGUCUUCUUGGAUGUGAUACGGUCCUUCACAGAUGCCAGCUACUUUGGCUGGGAAAUCCAAGAUGUCCUCACCUUUGAGAUGUCCCAGGACGGGAGCAACUCCAAGAUCCAAAGGUUGCUGCGUCAGCUAGAUGCUCAGGUGAUGAUUGUGUACUGUUCGCGAGAGGAGGCGGAAUACCUCUUCCAAGUGGCAGAACAGGCUGGUUUGAUUGGACCUGGCUAUAUCUGGAUUGUGCCUAGCCUGACCGUGGGGAACAUGGAUGUCCCACCUGCCUCUUUCCCAAUUGGCCUCAUCAGUGUGGUCACGGAGAGCUGGAAAAUGAGCCUGAGGCAAAAGGUCCGGGAUGGUGUGGCUAUCAUCGCCCUCGGAGCAGAGAGCUAUUUUAGGACCCAUGGCUACCUUCCCAUAGUGGGUAGAGACUGCAACAACAAGACACCUUCAAGUAUACCCACAAACAACACCUUCUACAGGCAUUUGCUCAACGUGACGUGGGAAAACAGGGACUUCUCCUUCAAUGACGAUGGCUUCCUGGUGAGGCCCACCUUGGUGGUGAUCUCAUUGAACCGGCAUCGGCUCUGGGAGAUGGUGGGGAAAUGGGAGAAGGGCAUCAUCCACAUGAAAUACCCGGUGUGGCCACGUUACGGAUCCUUCCUGCAGCCCAUGGCCGACAGCCACCACCUCACAGUAGCCACCCUGGAGGAGCGGCCCUUUGUCAUUGUGGAGAAGACAGACCCAACCACUGGAGUGUGCGUCCGCAAUACCGUCCCCUGCCGGGAACAGGCCAACCACACAAAGAGUGGAGAAGAACCAAUGGAUCCCUACACCAAGCUCUGCUGCAAAGGCUUUUGCAUUGAUAUCCUAAAGAAGCUGGCCAAGACAGUGAAGUUCUCCUAUGACCUCUACCUGGUGACAAAUGGGAAACAUGGAAAAAUAGUUGAUGGCUUCUGGAAUGGCAUGAUCGGAGAGGUGUAUUACAAGCGAGCAGACAUGGCCAUUGGGUCCCUCACCAUCAAUGAGGAGCGGUCGCAAAUUGUGGAUUUCUCUGUGCCCUUUGUGGAGACCGGCAUCAGCGUCAUGGUAGCAAGAAGCAAUGGGACCGUCUCGCCUUCCGCUUUUCUAGAACCCUACAGUCCAGCCGUGUGGGUGAUGAUGUUUGUGAUGUGUCUCACUGUCGUUGCCAUCACAGUCUUCAUGUUUGAGUAUUUCAGCCCUGUUGGCUACAACCAGAAUUUAACCAGUGGCAAAAAAUCUGGGGGGCCUUCCUUCACUAUUGGCAAGUCCGUCUGGCUGCUCUGGGCUCUGGUUUUCAACAACUCCGUUCCUAUUGAAAACCCCAAAGGGACUACAAGUAAAAUCAUGGUGCUCAUCUGGGCUUUCUUCGCCGUCAUCUUCCUGGCCAGCUACACUGCUAACCUGGCAGCUUUCAUGAUCCAAGAGCAAUACAUUGAUACUGUCUCUGGGCUCAGCGAUAAGAAGUUUCAAAGGCCUCAGGAGCAGUACCCCCCAUUCCGGUUUGGAACAGUUCCCAAUGGCAGCACCGAGAGGAACAUUCGGAGCAACUACCAUGACAUGCACUCGCACAUGGUGAAGUACAACCAGCGCUCGGUGGAGGAUGCCCUGGUCAGCCUCAAAAUGGGAAAGCUGGAUGCAUUUAUAUAUGAUGCCGCAGUGCUCAACUACAUGGCGGGCAAGGAUGAGGGUUGCAAACUGGUGACCAUUGGCAGCGGGAAAGUCUUUGCCACCACCGGCUAUGGCAUUGCCCUCCAGAAGGACUCCAAAUGGAAGAGGCCAAUUGAUUUAGCCCUCCUACAAUUCCUGGGAGAUGGUGAAACACAGAAGCUAGAGACUGUGUGGUUGUCAGGGAUCUGCCAAAAUGAGAAGAACGAGGUGAUGAGCAGCAAGCUGGACAUUGACAACAUGGCAGGCGUCUUCUACAUGCUGCUGGUGGCUAUGGGGCUGAGCCUGCUCGUCUUUGCCUGGGAACACCUGGUCUAUUGGAAGCUGAGACAUUCUGUACCCAAGUCUCACAAGCUGGAUUUCCUUCUGGCUAUAAGCAGGGGCAUUUACAGCUGUUUCAAUGGAGUCCAGAAUCUGGAGAGCCCUGCCCGCGUCCACAAACCAGACGUCACUGCUAACUCUGCUCAAGCCAACGUGUUGAAGAUGCUACAGGCCGCCAAGAACAUGGUGUCGACAGCCAGUGUGGGGAACUCCCUGGAGAACGCCACACGCACCAUUGAGAACUGGUCAAACAGGAGCGAAAACCUCCAAACCACCUUCUCCCUAAGGACUCCUCAGCUUGUUGUGCAGAACACCAGUGGGCCUACCAGGCCAGCUAAUGCCUCCGAUGCAGCAGCAGCUGAGAGGCUUGGGAGGUCUCUCCCACAAUCCCUCUCUCCGCUCCAGCAGUCUUUGGUGCCAGCCAGUGAAAACUGGAGAGGGACACUAGAGCAGCCGCAGAUUCUUCAUCCGCUGAAGUUCCGAGGCAGCUAUUCUGAGGACAAGGUGCUCCCCGGUUCCACUGUGAACAGCUCCCCCCACUACAUGGUAAGACCCACACCUCAGACCCAUGUCAGAAACCACGUGCCACUUGGAAACCACCUUAGUGCUGCUCCCCACUCCCCAGUAGGAACUGCUAGGGAGCUUCCUCUACCUGAGCAUAAGCAUAAGCUGGCCUUGGCCAGAGGGCACACCAAGGAGAAAUUCCACCACCAGAACGUUCACCUGGUGUACGGAGAAGGUGGUGACGACAGCUCAGCCCAGGUGGAGCGGCUGGCUUCCACUUCCGAAAAGCGAAAGGAGUUGGAGAGCCACUUUCCGCCUCAUGCCUGUGUCCACAAUUCCUUCCCCAAAGCUAACAGGACUUGCAGACCCUUUCUGUACAAAGAAUCUGACUCAAUAGAGCUAAGGAGAGAGAAGCCGAGCCACAGAGCUAAUCUCUCGAGGUCCGGCUGGGAGCAGGAGAGACCCCAGUCUCUAGGCCUGUGGAAACAUCAUGGGAAGUCCUCAGCCUAUGGGGAUGUGCCAGACCUCUUCCCCAAAGCUGGCCGGGCUCCAAAAACAAUGUCAGUGCCUGGAACGCAUUCCUACCCUCCCGGUGCCCUUAGGCCAAGUUAUACAUGCAAUAGGAAGUGUGUGGAGGCCAACGGCUUACCUUGGAAGGACCAGCGGCUGCUGCAUUCGCAGUCCACGAGGCUCCCCUCGUACCGGGAGGCCUGCCUACACAACAGCUCAGGCGUGCACAAGGCUUCUUCCACGGUGGUGCACAAGCAGUAUGCCUACAUGAACUCGUACACAAACCUGCCUAUCUACUGGGGGCGCCUUUACCCAGGUUCUCCGCAGCUGUGCGAACAGUCCAGUGCCACCCAGCACUGCUUCAGCCGAGCUCCCUGGUCGCCUUGCAGCAGGGACUUCCUGGUCCACCAGGAUGGCCAGAGGACCAUGUACUUUGGUAGCACCUACAGAGACUACAGGGACCGCAGCAGGGUGGACCCAACGUUUCUUCAGAUGGUCAAUACUGAGCGGAGAGACUUCCUGAGCACCCAGAGGAUGCACAGCCCUUACGCAGGAAGAUCGUGGAGGCGAAUCUCUAGCCUAGAGUCCGAAGUCUGAUAGGGGGAAGAUGCUGGGGCUCUUAAUGCUCGAUUGGAGACAGGAGGGCAAGAGACAAGGCCUUCCAAGCCAGCGUUCUGCGUCUCCCUGUUAAGCCGGUAUCAGCAGAAAGUUCUUUGUCUCUUCACUACUACCACCCCGGAUCAACGUAAGAGCAAGUGACCUUUCUCCACCCUCUAAUGGACCAAAACGCAAAGCGGGAGCAGCUGAAGGCACUUUAUUGACUGAUUCCAAAGUCUUCCAUUGCUGGGCACUGGGAUGCCCUCACUCGCGUACAAGACGACUCUCUCAUGGUGGUGAUUCACA